UCCUCUUUCGUUAUCAUCCUCAGGAGUCACGAGUGUCCACGGAUUCAUUACAAAGAGCAAGAAGUUUCAAGAACAUUACAGAGAGUUGUUCAGAGAAUCAAGAAACCGCUUAACCGAGAUGAUGAGUGAAGGAGGAUCACUUAACCUAUGCUUCGAGAAGAUGGAAGGAAACAUGAUCACCGAGUGGAAAGAUAUCCCUGUGGAGCUUCUCAUGAGGAUCCUUAACCUUGUUGAUGAUCGGACGGUCAUCAUUGCUUCUGGUGUUUGCUCUGGCUGGAGAGAUGCUAUCUCCUUCGGUCUCACUCGUCUCUCCCUCUCAUGGUGCAAGAAAGACAUGAACAGUUUGGUUCUGUCUCUCGCACCAAAACUCGUCAAGCUUCAGACUCUAGUACUAAGACAAGACAAACCGCAACUCGAAGACAACGCAGUGGAAGCCAUAGCGAAUCACUGUCACGAGUUACAAGAUCUUGACCUAAGCAAAAGCUUGAAACUCACUGACCACUCCCUCUAUUCUCUAGCUCGCGGCUGCACUAACCUCACUAAACUCAACCUUAGCGGCUGCACUUCGUUCAGCGACACUGCUCUCGCGUAUUUGACAAGGAUUUGUAGGAAGCUUAAAGUUCUGAAUCUUUGUGGUUGUGUGGAAGCUGUAUCUGACAGUGCAUUGCAGGCUAUUGGAGAGAACUGUAGUCAAAUGCAGUCACUAAACUUGGGAUGGUGUGAGAAGAUAAGUGAUGAUGGUGUCAUGAGUUUAGCUUAUGGUUGUCCUGAUCUUAGAAGCCUUGAUCUCUGUGGCUGUGUACUUAUUACAGAUGAGAGUGUGGUGGCUUUGGCUAAUCGUUGUGUACACUUAAGGUCAUUGGGGCUAUACUAUUGCAGAAACAUAACCGACAGGGCCAUGUACUCGCUGGCUCAGAGCGGAGUGAAGAACAAACACGAGAUGUGGAGAUCGGUUAAGAAAGGCAAUUUCGACGAAGAAGGACUAAGAAACCUUAACAUUAGCCAAUGCACUUACCUCACACCUUCAGCUGUUCAAGCGGUUUGUGAUACGUUCCCUGCGCUCCACACUUGUUCAGGCAGGCAUUCACUUGUCAUGAGCGGUUGUCUGAACUUAACAUCGGUUCACUGUGCUUGCAUCCUUCAGGCUCACCGCACACACACAGCUUUACCUCACCCGGCUCAUUGAACUAGUGUGAAGACUAAGGGGUCUCUCUCCCUUGGUAUGUGUACAUACAAGCCUAGAGGUUAAAUAAAUAAAUGCUUGUUUGUUUGAGUUUGCCUUUGAUCAUGUAAGCAACCUUGAAAUGAUUUCAAAUUAAUUUACCUCUUAAGUUUUAA